AUGCCUACCUCUCCCUCUCAAAACACCUGGCUAGCAAGACUCGCAGUCACAGCACUUCUAUGUGCGUGGAUCCUCACAAUCCUGCCAUACCUCCAGAACUCGCCAUCCCAUUCACCACCACGAGCACUCCACCCACGAGCCAAUGAUGCGAACCUCACCUCCCACACUUCGAGCCUCCCCAUCUCGUACCUUGAUCCUCUAUCUGCUGGCUCCUCAAACGUAACCAAACGCGACUUCAUGCAAUGCGACUGGGCGACUGCCGCUCUCUCCGCCGCCGUCGCGACGCUCGGUGAUGUCAAUCCCGACGAGCUUGAUCCCUGCGCCAAAAUGGUCUUCCGCGGCACCCAUCUCCUCUGCAUAAUGAACAGCCAGGCCGAUCGCGUCCAGCAAUCAACCUGGGUGGACCUCGCCCUCGACAUCUCCACCUACGGCUGGAACAGACUAGACAACUACCGCAGUUUCGACCUCUACGGUCUUCGAUCCAGCUUCGAAGCGCUCAACAUCAACGACGACAACGCUCAUCGGAAGGAGGCUAUGAUGGAACAAAGCUCGGAUAGUCGUCCUGAUCCCACCGGACCCGAAUACGAAGCAUCCGGAGGAGAAUACGUGUGGUCGUUCAAUCCAUCGGACGGCGCGAUGGUAGCUUUGAGUAGCUACAGUCCUGACUACAUGGCUGCUACAUUCCAGGUCGAGCCCCCGAUCGUGCCGCUGAAAAGAUGGUCGGACUUGACUUUUCUGACCUGGCGAGCGCUGUUCGCCAACCCUGAGGAUGCAAGAGGGCUGAAGCAUGUUUUCCGGCACGAUGUCGCCAAUGAAGCUUCGCAGGACGGGAUGAAGUCGAUCUUGGGCAGGGACGAGGAGGUGUCGGAGACGUUUCCCGGCCCCUGGCCAGGUGUGUCUUUCAGCACCGGCGAAGCACAAGGCCUGGCGGCGUUGACGCUACCCAACACGGUCGGGGUUGUGUGGUUACUUGCGCAGCACAAGUUGCAGUUGGGCAUCAGGGUGAUCGAGCAAGUGCACAUCUUCACUUGCCCGAAGCCCGUGGACGGUAGAGAGAUCCAGAAGUGGUGUUUGUAUUUGCACAUUGUGGAUGGGCCAAUUGGACCCGGAUUAUGA